AUGGGCUCUGAUAACAAACACUAUGAAAACACCGUGCGAGCUGAUUUCGAGGCAUUAUUCCCCUCAGUCGUGGAGGAGAUUUUGGAACCUAUACGCCGAAAGAAUCUUCCCCAGGAAGUCAUCGCUCGAUUCAAGGAAUGUCUUUACUACAACACGCAGUGCGGGAAGCUGAAUCGGGGUAUUUCAGUCCUGGAUACCGGCCGCGCUCUUUUGGGUCGACCUCUGAACGAUUAUGAGACCAGAUCUUUGGCCACACUGGGAUGGUUGACAGAGCUACUUCAGGCUUUUUUCCUGGUCCACGAUGACAUAAUGGACGUUUCAAUUACACGGCGAGGGCAAAAGUGCUGGUAUCGGCAGCCACAUAUAGGUUUAAUGGCUAUCAACGACGCUGUUUUGCUGGAAUCUUCUGUGUUUUCGGUUCUAAAGUCACAAUUUAGGGGUCAUCCUGCCUAUGUGGACCUGAUCGAGACGUUUCAUGAAGCGGCUUUCAACACACAGCUAGGCCAGCUAUGUGAUCUUAUCAUAGCCCCUGAGGAUAAAGUCGAUCUGGGAAGGUUCUCUAUGGAGAAGUACGCUAUUAUUGUCCAGUUCAAGACUGCGUAUUAUAGUUUCUACCUUCCUGUUGUACUCGCUUUGCACUGGCUUCAGCUGGCAACACCUGACAAUUUGCGCCAGGCUCAUGACAUCUUGAUACCAAUGGGCGAGUACUUCCAAGUACAAGAUGAUUUUCUGGAUCUAUUUGGAGAUCCUAGUGUCACCGGCAAGAUUGGCACCGAUAUUCAAGACAACAAGUGCUCUUGGCUCGUUAACCAGGCCAUCCUGCGCUGUAGUCCCCAGCAGCGUGCCAUCCUGGAUGAGUCUUACGGCCGCAAGGAUAGUCAGUGCGAGAUGAAUGUUAGACGUGUGUUUGGCGAAUUAGAUCUUCAGGGAGCUUACAGGGAUUUUGAGGAUAAGCGUAUCCAGGAGCUUCAGCGAUUGAUCGAAGCAGUUGAUGAGACAGACGGACUUCACAAAAAGGUUUUCACGGUUUUCUUGUCCAAAAUUUGUCAAAGAACCAAUUAG